AUGUCCUUGCCUCUUACAGAGGAGCAGAGGAAAAAAAUUGAAGAGAACCGGCAAAAGGCUCUGGCCCGUAGAGCUGAGAAAUUAUUAGCAGAACAGCAUCAGAGCGCAGGCUCUGGCUUCUCCACUGUUGCCACCAACUCUUCCCAGUCCAAGCAGGGCCCUCCCCCAAACCUCCCCAGGGAUCCUUCUAAGCCAGUGAACCAUGGUGUUGUUUUCAUGCAACAGAAUCUCAAUAGUUCAUCUAGUGAUGACCAAAGACCGCAUUCCCACAGUUUUCAUCUAAGCACUCCAGAGCAGGCAAAGGGGAUCUGGAAGAGGCAAGGAGAUGUGCCCACAGCCUGCCCAGGCCACAGCCCAUUAGGUCAAAUGACUCUCACUGGCAUCUCUCCUCCCUUGGCACAAAGUCCUCCAGAGGUCCCCAGCCAACAGCUGUUGGGUGGUACGUUAGGUCAGGGUCAUCCUCAGGCUUCACACGAAAUCAGAUCCACACCCUUCACUAACAGAACUCGUGAGCCUUUGGCCAAAGCCAGGAGUCUCCAGAAGACACCAGCUUCUUUCUUUGGACAGCCACCCAGGGAUCCUGGAGUAGAGGCCAAGGCAGUGAGGCCCUCUACCUCGGGGCAGGACAUUUCUGACACAAACUGUGGCUCAGGGAGCGUGGCACCUGGGACAGAAGGAAGACACCCACAGAAAUUGGGGGCCUCACUCCACAAAGCAGGAAGCUCCCAGAAGGGAACGUGCAUAAGGAGUGGGGAUCGUUUCCAGGUGAAGAUCGGGUACAAUGCAGAGCUCAUUGCGGUUUUUAAGCGUCUACCCAGCAGAAGUUACGAUCCUGCCACCAAGACGUGGAACUUCAGCAUGACCGACUACAGUGCCCUAAUGAAGGCAGUCCAGAGCCUCCCCACGGUAACCCUGCAGCCUUUGGAAGGGGCGGAGGACAGCAGGGAGUCACCCUCCACUGCUGGUGUGGCCCAGACCUGCCUGCCUGCAGCUCCCUCCCUGGCCUUUGUCAAAGGGCAGUGUGUGCUCAUCUCCCGGGUCCGCUUCGAGGCAGACAUCGGCUACUCCGAAGACCUGAUUGCACUGUUCAAGCAGAUGGAGUCCAGAAAUUAUGAUGUCAAGACCAGGAAGUGGAACUUUCUCUUGGAAGAACACAAUAAACUAAUCCAGAGCGUGCGCUGCCUUCCGCAAGUUCAGCUGGAUCCUCUGCCCAAGACACUCACCCUGGCAUUUGCGUCACAGCUAGAGAAGACGUCUCCCUGUCUCACAGAACCCAUCCCCGAGGCAGAUCUUUCUGGAGUGGACCCCAAGCUUGUGUCCAAUCUGCUGCCCUUCCAGAGAGCCGGAGUCAAUUUUGCCAUAGCGAAGAGAGGCCGCCUGCUGCUGGCUGAUGACAUGGGCCUGGGGAAGACCAUCCAAGCCAUCUGUAUCGCGGCCUUUUACCGGAAGGAGUGGCCACUCCUGGUGGUGGUCCCGUCAUCUGUGCGCUUCACCUGGGAGCAGGCCUUCCUUCGGUGGCUGCCGUCUCUGAGCCCGGACCGCAUCAAUGUCGUGGUGACCAGCAGGGACCGCCUGAUGGCUGGCUUGGUCAACAUUGUCAGUUUUGACCUUCUGAGCAAGUUAGAAAAACAGCUAAAAACACCCUUUAAAGUUGUCAUCAUUGAUGAAUCUCACUUCCUCAAGAACAUUAAGACUGCCCGCUGUCGUGCAGCUAUGCCCCUCCUCAAGGUUGCAAAGAGGGUGAUCCUGUUGUCCGGCACGCCAGCCAUGUCCCGGCCCGCAGAGCUCUACACCCAGAUCAUCGGGGUCAGGCCAACUUUCUUCCCUCAGUUUCAUGCUUUUGGACUUCGCUACUGUGAUGCCAAGCGGCAGCCCUGGGGAUGGGAUUAUUCGGGCUCCUCCAACCUCGGCGAGCUGAAGCUCCUGCUGGAGGAAGCGGUCAUGCUGCGACGCCUCAAGUGUGACGUCCUGGCCCAGCUCCCGCCCAAGCAGCGCAAGAUAGUAGCCCUUGUCCCUGGCCAGAUCAGCACCAAGGCCAGAGCCGCCCUGGACGCCGCGGCCAAGGAAAUGACCACCAUGAACAAAACUAAACGGCAGCAGAAAGAAGCCCUCCUUCUCUUCUUCAACAGAACAGCUGAAGCUAAAAUCCCAUCUGUCAUUGAAUAUAUCCUGGACCUCCUGGAAAGUGGAAGAGAGAAGUUUCUAGUAUUCGCACACCAUAAGGUAGUCCUGAGUGCAAUUACAAGAGAGCUUGAGAAAAAGCACGUGCCGCACAUCCGCAUUGACGGCUCCACCUCGUCAGCAGACCGAGAGGACCUGUGCCAGCAGUUCCAUCUGUUCGAGAAGCACGCCGUGGCCGUGCUGUCCAUCACCGCUGCCAACAUGGGCCUCACCUUCUCCUCGGCUGACCUGGUGGUGUUUGCCGAGCUGUUCUGGAAUCCAGGGGUGCUGCUCCAGGCUGAGGACCGGGUGCACCGAAUUGGACAGUCGAGCUCCGUGAGCAUCCACUACCUCGUGGCAAGAGGCACAGCUGACGACUACCUCUGGCCCCUAGUUCAAGAGAAGAUUAAAGUUCUGGGUGAGGCCGGACUUUCUGAGACCAAUUUUUCAGAAAUGACAGAAGCUACUAAUUACUUCUACAAGGACCCAAAGCAGCAGAAGAUCUAUGACCUCUUCCAGAAGUCCUUUGAGGAGGAUGGAAGUGACAUGGAGCUCCUGGAGGCAGCGGAAUCCUUUGACCCCGGAAGUGCUUCCGGCGCACCUGGAAGUGAUUCCCAGGACGUGGAAGACACAGUGGACGAAAUAACGUUGAUGGGCAGCCCCGUGAAGAAAAGGAGAUACGAAUUUUUUGAUAAUUUUGACAGCUUUACCUCUCCCCUAUAA